AUGUCUGAUCCUUCAGAUUUUGAAAGUAUCAUUUCAGACAUAGUCAUCUCGCCUUGCAGUAUUGACAGUCUUGACAACGAAAAUGCAACCGCGAAUGAUGAUAAUUCACUAUCGACAAUAUCUCGAACCAACAAUAUAAUAGUAAACAUGAUGAACAAUGGUUGUACUACCACCUAUGAUCCAUCUCAACAUGAAAUGUCUCUCACUGAUAGCGAACACAGUCUGCUGGAAGUACCAAAACAAUUGAAUGCCUCUUCUCCUUCCAGUGUUUGCUCAACAAGACCACUGGAAUGGGAUAGUGGAGCCGAUGUGGGGUACGAUAUUACAUCUAAACACCAGAGUCAAGAUAUGAGCACAAUUGAAAGAAUUGCAGUUAGUAGCCUAGUUUAUAACACCAAUUCAACCCCGAUUGGUUGUGAAAAUCAAAGAACCCGUACAAAAACAAAAAGUAAUUCAUUGGAUAAUCUGAACGAAAUAGAAGUAUCUAGAGGGAAAAAAUCUACUUCGUUAGACGUAUUGAAAUUUACAGCUGAGAAGAGCGACACUCUACCAAAAUGCCGAUCACCUAUGGCUUCGUCACUUUCAGUGUCAACAGUAGUUCAUAAAUUAGAGUGUUUGAAAACAGAAUGUAUUAAUAAAUUAAUUGAAAAAAAUGUCAGUUUGAAUUUCAACCAACAAGAAAAAAGGUUUGAGAAUUUAACCGUUAACUCCAACAAAGAACAAAAAUCAUCAGGGAGUAGUAAAGAAUCCAAUAGUACCCUGGGAAGUGUUGACACUGCUGGAUCUUGGGUGGCAAACGAAUUUCACGAUUCAACAAAUAAUACUUCAGAUCGAGUAAAUAGCUUUGAAUAUUUACCAGGUAAUUCAUAUUAUAAUACUAGAAAUGAUGAACAAGAGGACUACUCAGAUAAAGAAAUUAAACAAAGCACUAAGAUGUUGGUUGAGGCAAUGAAGCAGAAUGGUCUAACAAACGAGUUUCAAAGAAAAGAGAUUUUUAAAGAAAUUAUCGAAAGUUUUGUAAAAAAAUUUGUCCAGAAAGACAAAGACAACAGUUCAUUAUUAAAAAGUCCAUCAGAUACUGAUCAAACUCCUAUUAGACAAGAUUUUACAUCUCAAACGUCUAAUACUGCUAAUACAAUUGUCAACAAUCCAACAAAUAAUCAUUCCAGCACAAUUACAUUUACAUCUCCAAUAACCUCUUCAAGGUAUGGUGAUGAUGGCGAUUCUAAAUAUUAUGAUGAAUCCUCUAUGGACUCGGGCCGGCAUAUCAAUUUACAAAAGUGUAAAAUAAAAAAACUGUGCACUCCGACAAAUAAACAAAAAGAUCAAAGUGUGCAAUGCACAAUUCAAGAUAAUUUAACCGAUGUAAGUAAAAAUGGAAACUCAAAACCUGCCUCGUCUACACAAAAAAAUGAACACUUGGAAUCAAUUCGAAAAAAUGAUACACAUAGUAAAACAAAAUACAGUGGCGUUCAUAAGGAUUUCAAUAAACAAAUGAUUUGGUUUCAUACAAAUUACAUGAAAACUGAAAGAGAAAAUCAGAUGCUUUGGAUCAACAGUCAGAUAUCUCACUUAAAUAAUUUGAAAAAGCUAUUGAAUACCCAUGAAGAACUGAAAAAAAAUUGGAAUACAUAUAAACAGAAACAAUCAAAUAACAAAACUAAGUUAAGGAGAAAAUUUCCUAUAUCAAAUUCAAGUUCUGAUGUUACUACUUCAACUUACACCGAUUCAACUAUUUCUUCUAAACCGGUGUCAGUUACUUCCAGAUCUAAUGAAACUGAUGUUGAAUCUUCAGCUACAAUUUGUGACCAUGUGCAUUAUAAAAAAGGAAUUUUAGUAGAUGAACCUAACUCUUUGAAAAAAUGUUGUGAGACAACUCUUCGUGGCAUUAAAGAGAAGAAUAAUCAAAACACUAAUAAAUUUAAAACCGCAUGGUCUCAAACUGAAUCAUCUAAUGAGACAAAAUUAAAAAAUAAUAAAAAGGAUAAAUCUAAGUCUGGUGUUACUUAUACAGUUGACCGCCAAUUAAAACCAAUCAGCAGUCAAAGUUCUAUAAGUUAUGAUAUAAUAUUUAAGCCUACCUCAAGAUGUUCAAAAGAAAUAGAUUUUGCUAAUGAUCAAUUAAAACAGCAGAAACAUUCGAUAUCAGUAGCAUGUCAAACAAAUAAAAUCCCAUUCAAGCCUAAAUCUAGUUUACAGGAAUAUUUAAUGACAAAUCGACCUGAUUAUAUUUGCCGAGCAAAAGAAAGACAAACUAUCUUAACUAACUUGGCAAGUUUAAGAGAUGAGCGCAAACAAUUAAAAAGAAAUAUGCUGAUGACAAAUAAUUAUGAAAAUAAUGUUCCACCAAAUCCACUAGCUGUCAAGCGUGUAAUGAGCCAAAGUGAAAUGAGGAGACAGACUGAAAAUAAAUAUCGCAAGUGUCCAGAAGUCAAAAAUAAAAAGGUAGAAAUAAAACGAAAAGAGGAAUAUAAUACAAAUAAAAUCAUGGCAAACAUAUUUAACAAGAGACUUCAAAAAAAGACCUUAAAAGGAAAAGUGGAUUUAUCCAACAGCGUAAGUGUUUGCAGCUUGUAA